AUGUCAUCCUUCACAAACUUCUUGUUUAAGCCCUUACUAAAUGUUAUUCACAAUGAUUUCCAUGAUGUCUUUAAGUCGAUGACUCUGAUCGACAAAUUUAUCUUCUUGAUUGUUCAUUCUGUGGACAAACUCGGAAAAUGGCACCGGCUACCGGUUAUCGUGGGGCUAAUUUACCUAGUUCUCCGCCGGCGCCUCCACCAGAACUACAAUUUGUUUAAUGUCGGUAAAAAGCCGGUGGAGCUCCGGUCUGACGGGCCGGCCCGUUUUCGUGAUGAUGGGAAAGUUAGCGACCAUGUGGCUGCAAGUUUAUCCGGUUCCUUUUUCGGACGAAACAUACUUCCUUUUCCUCAAUCACACAAGGUGAUGAGGCCAGAUCCUAUGGUGGUGGCCACAAAGUUAUUGGCUCGUAGAAAACUAAUCGACACGGGAAAACAGUUUAACGUGAUAGCUGCGUCAUGGAUACAAUUUAUGAUACACGAUUGGGUCGAUCAUAUCGAGAGUACUACUCAGGUUGAACUCCGGGCACCGGAAGAAGUAGCGAGCCAAUGCCCUCUAAAGUCAUUCAAAUUCUACAAGUCCAAUGAGAUUCAAAUCAAAAAUGGGGACAACGGGAUCAAGUCCGGGUUUUUGAACCGCCGAACACCUUGGUGGUAA